AAAAGGCAAAGAUCACACCGCCAGCCAACUCGCGAGCUUGUCGUUAGUAUCAGAGCACGGACUACAGAAUGGAAGACAGUGAUAACGGCUCCACCAUCACGAAAUCAUCUCUCACGUCCGUGGAUUCCUGGAUUACCUAUUUUUGCUCACUAGCUGGCCAUGAACUGUACGCUGAGGUUCCAGAGGACUACAUUGAAGAUGAAUUCAACCUGACCGGCCUCUCUGCUAUAGUACCAUAUUACGAACUGGCUCUGGAUAUAAUAUUGAAUGUCGAUAUUGACGAGAUGGUGGAAAGUGAUUCUGAUGGUAUGAGUAAUGAUCUCGACCCAUCGGAUGAAGAAGGCAGCGACGGUCUAUGGAAGGAAACUCCACUAAAGGUUCCCAAAAAUGCUCAAAGGCCAGAUGUGAUGGCUCUAGAACGAUAUGCUGGCAUGCUCUAUGGGUUGAUCCAUCAGCGCUACAUUCUGUCGAGAAAUGGACUUAGGCAAAUGGCAGAGAAAUACAACUCAGGUCACUUUGGCUACUGUCCUCGAGUAUAUUGCUAUCGAUGCCCUGUCCUUCCGUGCGGGCGCUCAGAUCAACCUGGCACGGAGGCAGUUCGAUUUUUCUGCCCUUGUUGUCUCGAUGUCUAUUCACCCCAAACUACCCGACAUAGUACAAUUGAUGGAGCUCAUUUUGGUUCCACCUUCCCACAUCUCUUAUUAUUCACAUAUCCCGACCUCGCACCUGACGGACGAACACAAAUUUAUAAACCCAAGAUCUUUGGAUUCAGAGUCAAUGAACGAUCAGUUGUUGGACCGCGGCUACCAUGGUUACGAUUACGACCAGACGAUCACACAUCCACAGAAGAGCUCAGCAUGGAAUUCGACGGUGGAGGAGGCGGUGGAAGUGACCCAAGAUACCAAAAAGGUCGAGACGACGAAAGCAGCCUUGCAGGCAAACUUGAUGCUGUUAGCAUUGAUCGAUUAAAUUGGCAAAGUGAAUCGCAUAAACUCAGUGAAGAAAUUGCUCGAGUCAAGCGGAAGGAUCCAAGCAGUGGAGGAGGAUUUCAUAUCAAGGAAGCUAUACGGAGGUGGCUUGAAUAGGAGAUUUUUACAUCGGCUUGGCUAUUACACACUUUGAUGGUUCUUUUUUUAGUUUGUACUUUUUUUUAUCUCUCAUUUUUCUUUCUGUUCGAGGUAAACGUUUAUUACUAUAUUGUCGCUAAUGGUUUAUAUAUAUGAUUUGGAGACAUUUUCAAUUGAAUUGUUCACAAGAAGAGAGAGUGCUGGUAAUAUGCUUGCGGAAAGGAGACGCACUUACAUCGUUUUGAAAGUGCGCAACUCAAUAA